AUGUCUCGCCAGUCCACUGUGAGGAUUCAGAGGGGAAGAAGUGGCUUCAGCGCUGCUUCGGCCGUCGUCCCCAACACCUGCCGCACCAGCUUCAGCUCCUGCUCCGUCACCCGGGUCGGAGGCCGCAAUGCCGGCAGUGGGUUUGCUAGGGUUGGUGGUGGCUUUGGAAGCAAAAGCCUCUACAAUGUUGGUGGAUGCAAGAGGAUCUCUGUGGCUGGAAGGGGUGGUAGCUUCUAUGGAUCUGCAGGUUUCGGUGGUGGUAGCGUGUACGGUGGUGGCUUUGGUAUGCCAAACCUUGGCUAUGGAUAUGGUGCAUUUGGUGGUGGCAUGGGUGGUCCUGGAUUCCCAGCUGGGGGCAUCCACGAAGUAUCCAUCAACCAGAGCCUUCUGAAACCUCUCAACCUGGAGAUUGACCCCAACAUCCAAAGGAUCCGAAAGGAAGAGAAGGAACAGAUCAAAACCCUCAACAACAAAUUUGCCUCCUUCAUUGACAAGGUCCGAUUCCUUGAGCAACAAAACAAAGUGCUGGAAACCAAGUGGAGCCUGCUUCAGGAGCAGGGGAUGAAAACAGUUAAGAACAACGUGGAGCCGCUUUUUGAGACUUACAUCAACAACCUCAGGGUGCAGCUGAACAGUUUGCUGAGCGACAAGGGAAGGCUGGAGGGAGAGCUCGUCAACACACAGUACCUGGUUGAGGAUUUCAAGAAGAAGUACGAAGAUGAAAUCAACAGGCGCACAGUCGCAGAGAAUGAGUUUGUGACACUCAAGAAGGAUGUAGAUGCUUCCUAUAUGAACAAGGUGGAACUACAAGCCAAGGUAGAUGCGCUGGUCGAAGAAAUUAAUUUCCUGAGAGCCCUCUACGAAGCAGAGCUGUCUCAGAUGCAAACACAGAUCUCUGACACCUCUGUCGUCCUCACCAUGGACAACAACCGAAACCUGGACCUGGACAGCAUCAUCUCAGAGGUCAAAGCGCAGUACGAGGACAUCGCCAACAGAAGCCGGGCAGAAGCAGAGUCCUGGUACCAAACCAAGUAUGAAGAGCUGCAGGCUACAGCAGGCAGGCACGGGGACGACCUCCGUAACACCAAGCAGGAGAUCUCCGAGCUCAACCGCCACGUCCAGCGGCUGCGGUCUGAGAUCGACAGCGUGAAGAAACAGUGUGCAAGUCUGAAAGCUGCCAUCGCUGAUGCUGAGGAACGUGGGGAGCUGGCCCUCAAAGAUGCCAAAGCCAAACUGGCUGAGCUGGAAGAUGCUCUGCAGCAGGCCAAGGCAGACCUGGCCCGGCAGCUCCGCGAGUACCAGGAGCUGAUGAACGUCAAGCUGGCCCUGGACAUCGAGAUUGCGACCUACAGGAAGCUGCUGGAGGGAGAGGAGUGCAGGCUGGCUGGAGACGGUGUCCCAGUGAACAUCUCUGUGACCAGAACAACUGUGGGAACAGGCUAUGGAGCAGGAAGCAACCUCAGCAUGGGAGGGGGAAUCUGCAACAUGGGGAACAGCUUCAGCUGUGGAAGCGGUCCCGGGGUUGGCAGCACCACCCUCGGAGCCGGCAGCAGCUCCAGCAUGAAGUUUGUCUCGACCUCCUCCACCAGAAGAAGUUACAGAAGCUAA